AAGAUUAUUGGAAAGCAGUGGCACGUAUAAGAGUAUUCCGGUGAUGGAGAUUUCUCAUAAAGCAGUUUGGUUUGCUGUUUGUCGAAUCGCCGCCUGCUGAUCGGUGCGAAGUAUAUCAGGAGAAGACGAUCGUCCGUAAACUGAAAAACAGUAUAGUGAUUUCGACCUAGCCGUUUAGAGUGGUGAAUUUUACGGAAUAGGAUGGCGUCAAAAUGUAUUGAAGGUACACCACAUAUUGUCGGCAUUCUCCGGGCGUCGUCAGAGUAAGGGAGACACGUCUGGGUCAUCGGGCCCAAAGCCACGCAGCAAUCGAUAUCCGCGGAGCAUCUCUCCUUCCUUGACCCAGUCUUCUACGAGUAGUUUGAAAUAGAUAGUGACAUUACACAAUCUUCAUUUGGAUCAUUGUCAAUUCUGGCACGAGGGAGAACUCACCGAAAGUGAUAUCCAAUCCAAUCCAAUCCAAUCCGUGUUACCCCGAGCGUCGCGUGAACCGUAUCAAUGCCUAGUCACUAGACUAGACUGCUGGCAUCGACAUAGACCAAUUUAAGUCUGUUAUAAAACAAAUCUAGCGUGACUGAUUGCAUCUAAAGGACUUUUACCAGGUGUGACAUUCCUCAAUAUAGGCAUUAGAAAUAAAUGGCGACAACCGAUCUGUCGUCGUCAGAGCUCGUGACUGGAUCUGGCGAGCCAGACGACAAGGGAACGGAAGAUUCGAUUUUCAUGAUUCCGCUCACCCCCUCACAGCCCUUCCUGGGCGACCGGGUACAAGGGAUUACCGAUUUUCAGCUGGGAAUAAUUGUCGCCAUCAGCGUCAUCCUGUUCGUCGUGAUAGUUACGGGUAACAUCAUGGUGAUACUCGCCAUUUUCCUUUACAAGAAACUUCAAACAGUGACUAACUGUUUCGUGAGCAGCUUGGCUUUCAGUGAUCUCUUGGUAGGUCUGUUCGCCCCCUUUCUGAUCUUAUCAACGACGUACCCAGACUGUGAACUGUUCAGAUCAAGUUACCAAUGCAUUGUACCUUUCGCUGGAUUUACAAUGUUACUCCACGCGUCUAUAUCAAACUUAACAGCAGUAACGUACGACCGAUUUAUAGCCAUUGCCUAUCCUUUCGCCUACCAGGAAUUCAUGACGAAAAAACGCGCCAAGUGUAUCAUAGGCGUCUGCUGGGCAAUCGCAGUCGGAAUAGGUUUCAUCCUACCUUUUUUAUGGAACAAUGUACCUUUAAAGGAAGCGUGUACCUUUAAGGUGAUUCUGCCGUUAGGAUACUACGUGUUGACUACACUAUGCGUUCCUCUGCCUCAAAUCGUUGUCAUAAUAGCGCUCUAUGUUGUUAUCGGACGAGUUGCGCAUGAACAGGCGACCAGGAUCGCCGAAUCAUCGUGCGUCAUCGACUGCAGUGAAGGUGACAAAAAGGUGAUGCGGGCGUACAAAAAGGAACGAAAAGCCACCGGCACCAUCGCAAUUAUUGUUUUAGUGUUCUUGUUGUGUUGGCUGCCGUUUAUAACAUUUUUGUCUGUUGAUUUGUUAAGUGGCCGAAAUGACACAAGUAUGGUUGUCGGCGAUGACACAAACACUGUUACUGGCUUCGUCAGGGUUCUGUUAGCAUUGUUAGCAAUUGCCAACAGCGGGGCGAAUCCAAUCAUCUACGCUUUCAGACUGCGCAACUUCCGGGCGGCAUUCUGGAAACUCCUCGCGAGAUCUCGUUGCUGUCGUCUGCGGCGGUCGCAGGACUUGGACUUCAGUAGGACAACUUCGGAGAGCGCGGCUCAGAGAUACAAUAUCAAGGGUUCCUCUCCAACCAACAGCGCAAUCUUUCGCUGCAAGAGUGAAAACAAAUUGAUUUCGCAAAUUGCGCCUAAUGAUAAACUUGCAGUUACAUGUAUAACUCAGUCAAAUCCUAAUUUGAACAUGUUUGUUGUAGUUCAGGGUUGUACGGGUGGUGCAGGAGUUAAGUAGCGACUUUAUGCAGCAGGAUGAGUUAGGGGGUCCUGUUGGUCGACUGCGGUGAGUGAUAUGCAGUUGGGGGAACUGGGUCUGUUGGGGAAAUGGGUGUGGUGCACAAUUUGACAGUGAUGACAAUAGUCCUUUCGCAAUUUGAGCAAUGCUACUGUUCUAGUAGAAAUUAGAGACACCUAACGGCCACUUUGUGAACCAUAACCUGGCCCAUCUGACUCUUCUCUAUAGUGUCUGAAUGAGUUACACGAUGAAGCCAAUAUCAACUGUCGGUAUUCACCCAUCUACGUAUGGGCUUAUCAGUCGCAGACGCCUGCUAAUUCUGAAGAGAUUCGCCAAAUCUGGCAAGGCUCGUAUCACCUGAAAUCAGUGCCAAUCAUAGGAAGCUUUUUCACAAGUCCCAUUAUGCACAGCGAAUAAACUACGACGCCACCUAUUUUGGCGCUGAUUUCAGUCGAGGUUUUGCAGCCACCAGGUCAGGCCCUACGACGACGUUUAUCUAUUGUGUGACCUACGACGACGUUUAUCUAUUGUGUGAGUUCACAUAUCUAUUGUGUAGAGUUCACAAUAGAUAAACGUCGUCGUAGGGUUGGGAAACCUUACUGCUGCGACAUGUAGCGGUUAAUUUUUCUCUCAAUAUUCAGUGCCAAGGUCACUCGUACAUCAAUGGCCAUCAUGUGGCAUAACAUUAGUUAGGAAACUGAUGGAAGUUUGGAUGAAAACAGGUCAGUGCAGAACCCUUAAACUACCCAGAAAAACAAAAUAAUAGGUCGUUGAUUUAUGUUACACCCGUUUUAUUUAGAUAGUGAAAGAAUUUCUUUUGUAACAGUUGCGUGAAUUAAAUUUGUUUUGAAAUUGAUUGCGCCAUUGUUUCUGUGUCAAACUGCAUGUCAAUGAGAAAAGCAAACUUG